AUGUCAUCCUCUCCGCCUCCAGUCGAAGCCCAUGGGCCAGGUGUCAGCACUGACGAUGUCGCCGCACCUGCAGCUCACGUACCCGACAACCGCAGCACCUCGAGAGCAGCAUCACCUACCCCCGCCAAACAAAGCACCGAAAGCGCCGACUCCGCCAGGGAUACGCAUCGCUGCUUCAUAUGCCUGGGGGACGAACUGGAAGCUAGCAUGCCCGACGACUGGUCGACUCCCUGCAGCUGCUCCUUGGAAGGCCACCAGAGCUGCUUGCUCACUUGGGUUACCGAUCUCGAGUCGCAAGGGAAAGAGUACAAAUGCCCCGUCUGCAAGUCCAAAAUCCACGUCGUGGACCGGUGGGACCCUGCCGUGCGACUGAGCGACCAGCUCCUCCGAUACUGCUCGGGUCUAUCGCCGAUUAUACUCUGUGGGUUCUUGGGCGGUGGUGUCUUCAUUGCCAAUGCCACCUAUGGCAUCCACGCCGUCGAAGUUUUCGCAGGACCGGGAGCUGCCAAUGGAUAUAUCCUCAAUCAACCCGACAAGAAUUCCGUUUGGGACGACCUGGGUCGGGGCCUUAGAACGGCUCUGCUGCCUCUCUUGGGAGGCAUAGAAGGCGCACAGCACCGCCCACGGAACAUGCCUACUUUGGACGCAUUUCACUUUUUCACCGUAUCACUCAUCGCCCCGGCAUUGAUACUCAAUCGCUUACACUUUGGUGAAAUUGUAUUUAUACCUACGUCUUUACUGUACGCCAUUUUCUUUGGAGAUUACGAUACGGAUGCACUGACUUGGCCACCUCUACCCCAUAAAGCUUUGGUUGCAUUUCCCACAAUCAGAGCACUCUACUUCCGUCUUUACCGACUGAUCUCCGGACAUCUGGACAAGAGGGUCGCAACUCUUUCAGCUGCACAUAGGAACCUGCCAGGAGAGACGACCGAGGCCGAGCAGCUUGCCCCGAGACAGGACGUUGAACCGGAACCGGAUGAUGAAAACAUAGUCGAUAUCCAAAUAGACCUGCAGCUUGGCGCCCAAGUCGAACGCGAAAAUGCGCCUCAGAACCCCCCGGCGAACGACCCGGCACCGGCACGACGAGAUCCCACGAAUGCGGUGAGUUCACUUACGAACUAUCUGGCAGGUGCGCUGUUGUGGCCAACUGUGUCUUUUGGCAUGGGAAGCCUGUUGCAAAUGAUGCUACCGAAGUCAUGGGUCACGCGUUCUUCGGGCCCUGCCACUGGGCUUCUACAGGAAAGAUGGGGAAGGAGUCUUGUUGGCGGUUGCUUGUUUGUGGUUAUUAAGGACGCCUUUUACCUGUAUGUACGAUACAGACGAGGAAUCAACAGACCUCACAGAAGGAUCAAGAAUGCGGACAGGAGGAAUCGACCGGCUUGA